UCUCCAGCUGGGCCGCCCCACCGCAGGCUGCCACCCUCCGGCCUCCCCGCGCCUGCCCGUCGCCCCCGCUCCACUUGGCUCCCUGCGAAGCGCGCUGGCCAUGACGGGCGCACUGUUCAAGGCGAACUUCUGGAGCUCAGACAUCCUCAGCACUGCCGGCUACGACAGCAUCAUCCAGCACCUGAACAACGGCCGCAAGAACUGCAAAGAAUUUGAAGACUUUUUAAAAGAAAGGGCAUCAAUUGAAGAGAAAUAUGGCAAAGACCUGCUAAACCUCUCUAGGAAGAAGCCGUGUGGACAGUUGGAGAUCAACACCCUGAAGCAGGCCCUUGAAGUCUUCAAGAAGCAGGUAGACAGUGUGGCACAAUGUCACAUUCAGCUUGCCCAGACUCUAAGAGAAGAGGCCAGGAAGAUGGAAGAAUUCAGGGAAAAGCAAAAGCUACAACGGAAAAAGACAGAGCUUAUAAUGGAUGCUGCCCAUAAACAAAGGAGCUUACAGUUCAAGAAAACUAUGGAUGCAAAGAAGACCUAUAUGCAGAAAUGCCGGGACAAAGACGAAGCAGAGCAGGCUGUCCACCGGAGCGCCAAUGUGGUGAACCCGAAGCAGCAAGAAAAGCUUUUCGUGAAACUGGCAACUUCGAAGACUGCAGUCGAAGACUCAGACAAGGCAUACAUGAUGCACAUCAACACUCUGGACAAAGUCCGUGAAGACUGGCAGAUCGAGCACAUCAAGGCCUGUGAGAUAUUCGAAGCUCAAGAAUGUGAACGAAUAAACUUCUUUCGGAAUGCAUUGUGGUUACACAUGAAUCAGCUGUCACAACAAUGUGUCACAAGUGAUGAGAUGUAUGAAGAAGUCCGUAAGAGCUUAGAGGCAUGCAGCAUUGAGAAGGACAUUGAGUACUUUGUGAACCAACAAAAAACUGGACAGACUCCACCAGCACCCAUUGUGUAUGAGAAUUUCUACUGCCCCCAGAAGAAUACAGCCCCACAGGGAAAGGCUCCAGGGCCCAACUUACCAAGGAGAGGACCUCUCCCAGUUCCUAAAAGUUUACCAGAUAACCCUGAUUAUUCUUUGGUUGAUAACUACAGUCUGAUCUAUCAGUAACAUCAGUG